GAGUUCGAGACCCCACAAAAGCAAAAGAAAGAAAAGAGCAAAGAAGGAAGUAAAGCAACAGAUUCAAGAAUAGUUAAAGCAAAAUGGAGUCUCCUUUCAAGGGAGGUGUACUCAAAGGCAAGGUAGCCCUCUUGACUGGAGGUGCCUCCGGAAUUGGGUUCGAGAUCUCCCGUCAGUUCGGCAUCCAUGGUGCCUCUAUUGCCGUCAUGGGCCGUCGCAAGUCCGUCCUCGACUCCGCCGUCUCUUCUCUUCAAUCCCUCGGUAUUCCGGCGGUUGGCUUCGACGGGGAUGUCCGCAAGCAGGAAGAUGCAAAAAGAGUUGUGGAGUCAACUGUCAAGCAUUUUGGGAAGCUUGAUAUUCUUGUCAAUGCUGCAGCUGGCAAUUUUCUUGUGUCGCCUGAGGAUUUAUCUCCAAAUGGGUUUCGAACAGUAUUGGAUAUUGAUUCAGUUGGCACAUUUACUAUGUGCCAUGAAGCACUCAAAUAUCUUAAAAAAGGUGGACCUGGAAGACGCUCAUCUAGUGGUGGGUUGAUAUUGAAUAUCAGUGCCACUUUACAUUACACUGCAUCUUGGUAUCAAAUCCAUGUAUCUGCAGCUAAGGCUGCUGUUGAUUCACUCACUAGAAGUUUAGCUCUGGAGUGGGGUACGGAUUAUGAUAUCAGAGUUAAUGGGAUUGCUCCAGGUCCAAUAAGUGAUACAACUGGCAUGAGUAAACUUUCACCUGAGGAGAUUAGUAGCAAAGCAAGAGAGUACAUGCCACUCUACAAACUUGGGGAGAAGUGGGAUAUUGCCAUGUCUGCUCUCUACCUUGCAUCAGAUGCUGGCAAGUAUGUUAAUGGAACAACCAUUGCAGUUGAUGGAGGAUUAUGGUUGAGCCGCCCUCGCCAUAUACCAAAGGAUGCUGUUAAACAGCUUUCGCGUACAGUGGAGAACAGAUCAAGAGCCACGCCUGUUGGGCUUCCUACCAGCAAACUGUAGCUCAAAGAUAAUAAUUCAAGACUUAACCCCCACACUCCAUGGGGAGGAAAUAGAGUCGGUUAUAUAACAAUUUGAGAAAAAUCUCCAAAUAAGUGAAUGAUUGUUUGGGUAAAAUUCAUUGCAGAUAUGUGAGGAUUAUCUGUUUGUCAAGCUGGACGGAUUAGAUGCAUUGCUAGCUCCAGAACAGUGUUGCAGUGUGUUAUUACCGCACAAAUGUUUUGAUAACUCCUCUCUGGCUUUUCAGACAAUGCAACAGCACUUAGGGUGCUGUAUUUCUAUUUGAAUUUGAGAUCAGAUGCACUUGCAAUCAUAGUGCCAUUUCUUUUUGUCUA